GACCCUUUUCUGCCGUUUCUUUAUUUAAUUUCUAAUAAUAACGAAAUUUCUUGCAAGUGGUUAGCUCAGUGUAUCCUAAAACUUCAGCACAGAUGCUGGUUCAAUAUUUGGCAGCUACUCUGAAGCAGCAAUUAGAUGCCUCUUCAUUUUCUUUCCUCUCCAAAGUGGCAUUAUUGGUCAUACGUCAAUCGCCUAGCUUGGGAUUCGAUGCCAUAUGUAAGAAAAAGGACGGAAAUGCACUAGCAGCUAUCUGCGAUGGGUGCGAGAAACCCAUAUCUGGCCCGUGCUAUGGUUGCUGCACCUACUGCGAGUUCUACCUUCAUUACGAGUGUGCUAGGCUUCCACGGCAGAUUGAGCAUUUCUUUCAUCCACGCCCUCUUGUCCUCAAGCUUUACUACUACACAUGUAAUGCUUGCUUCAUGCCGAGCUCUGGUUUCAGCUAUAGCUGCGUCACGUGUCAUUUCAAUAUGCAUGUUGACUACGUCUCACGGCCCACCUUAAAAUCUGAAAGCGAGGGGCUUAUUCAGCAUUUCACUCAUUGGCAUCCUUUAACACUUGUUGAUCCAAAGAACAAGCAGGAAGAAGAUCAAAAAGUUUGCUGUGCCAUAUGUGAAAAGCUCUGCUCCGAUUCUGCCUAUGGCUGCCAGCAAUGCAGUUUUUUCCUCCAUAACUCUUGCAUGACCACCGUUCCAAGAAAGAUCAAUCAUUUCUUCCAUCGAUGCCCUCUGAUACUGCUCACCUAUCCAUCCUACGCCUGUGGGGGUUGCGAGAAAAGUCUCUCAGGCUUGACCUACAGCUGCGGGAAGUGUCGUUUCAAACUGGAUGUUAAAUGUGGUUUACUUCCCACUAUAGAGUCCAAAGGUGCCGAUAUAAUUCAACAUUGCACCCAUCCACAUCCAUUAGCACUCCUGGAUCAAAACAAGGAUAUUGGCAUUGAGGUUCGAGGUCGAUGCAGAGCAUGUGGAGAAGAUUGCUUAUAUCCCAGUUUUCGCUGUAACAGAUCAUGCGACUUCUUUCUACACGCAUCCUGCGCUGAAUUACCACAAGAGAUCCAUCAUCCCUUUCAUCUCUGGCACCCUCUCAAUCUCACAUUUUUUUGGCAGCAGCAGCAGCAUAAUCGUUCUUGUUUUGCACGCAGCCAACGACACGACGCGUUUCUGCUGGCCUAUUGCUGCUUCUGGUGUGAUUUUACCCUUCAUAAAGAUUGUGCUCAGUUCACACCACCAUUCAAUUAUGGAAAUUACUUACACGCUCUCACUCUCUGUGACAAAAGGCCUUCCCCUUUCGACUGCAACGUUUGUGGCAAGAAAGCCAAAAAAUUCUUCCUUCGAUGUGCGGUGUGUGGGUUUAACAUCCAUCCCUACUGUCUACCUUCAGUACCAAAAACAAUAAGACAUAAAUGCCAUAUAGAUUAUUUAACUCUUACCAAAUCUCCUCUCGAAUUCGAACUGAAUUCGCCAGAAGUUGCAAACAAUUCGGACGAUAAAUUUUACUGCGAUGUUUGUGAGGAAAAGAGAGAUAGAAGGGAUCCAGUUUAUCAUUGUACAGAAUGCAAAUUUAGUGCUAAGGUUGGCUGUGUCAUCUCUGAGUUGAUACCAUCCUAUAUUACUCCUGGGGACCAGAAUGCUGAGAGCAGCCAAGUCAUUUCAAUGGAUGAAGAGAAUUCUGCAACAAACCUCACACUUGAAACGCUAAAUAACGUGAUUGCAGAGCCCAGUGCAAAGCCAAAGCUUUUGAUGGAAGAACGUGGGCCUUUAAAAGUAGAAAUUGAGCCUUUAAAACUAAAACUUGGACAACUGGAAGCAAGGUUACAGGAAAUUGAAGCAGAACUGAAUCAAACAACAAAGAGACUAGAUAACCUUGAGGUACACCGUUUCCUCUGCAUGUACCAACCGAGGCACAGCAUGAAGGAAAAUUAUGGAUUCGACUAAAGCCUCGACUUCAUGGGGGCUGGCUCCAGAGCAGUCUUACAGUCUAUCAUGACAUAUGUAUCAAGUGUAAUGAUAAAUACUGGCAAAGGUGUUCGCCAUGUCAAAAACCUGUCUUAUUUUAAUUGAAUUGUAGAUUGAAUAGAGAUCAUCUAAACAAACAGAAAUCCAAUGCUCGAUGUCUCCCUCUGUGAUAUUUGACAAACACUUUCUCCCUCCCCUUAAGCUUGAACACAAAGGUAGGAAUCUAUCAGAAUUCCGAUGGAAACCUGAACGGCAUAGUUGGUAUCUCACUGACUGAUACUUACCCUUCUGUAAGAAGCUUAAAUUACUAAUUGAUGAAGGAGGCAAUAUUAAUAAUUGAUGACCAUCCUUCACGUUUGCUUCUGCGUAAUUACAACAGUAUAAUUAACUAAACGGUAAUCAUUUAUAUUACAGUUCGAGACUCCUUAUUCUUGGCACUGACGUUUUCGAUAAUUUAACAACAUAUGGCAAGAUAACCACUCUUUGCCAGUAGCACGCAGAUGAGACAUGGUCCAGCAACUUAAUAACUACAUUGCACUCAUGAGGCGUAGGUUGAUCCCAAACCCAAACACAAUCAGCCAUCUGUCAGGUCACAAACAUUACUUCCAUAGACCAUGAGAAUAUAUACACUUGAUGCUUAAGCAGUUAGGCUUUUUCUUUUGUUUGAUUCAUAAGAUAUAACAACUCGAUUUACAAGGGUAGACGAAA